GUCUGGCUGUUUCUCAUCUUGUAGCUCUGCUGAAGGAGGUGGGUGCCUGGCUGUUUCUCAUCUUGUAGCUCUGCUGAAGGAGGUGGGUGUCUGGCUGUUUCUCAUCUUGUAGCUCUGCUGAAGGAGGUGGGUGUCUGGCUGUUUCUCAUCUUGUAGCUCUGCUGAAGGAGGUGGGUGUCUGGCUGUUUCUCAUCUUGUAGCUCUGCUGAAGGAGGUGGGUGUCUGGCUGUUUCUCAUCUUGUAGCUCUGCUGAAGGAGGUGGGUGUCUGGCUGUUUCUCAUCUUGUAGCUCUGCUGAAGGAGGUGGGUGUCUGGCUGUUUCUCAUCUUGUAGCUCUGCUGAAGGAGGUGGGUGUCUGGCUGUUUCUCAUCUUGUAGCUCUGCUGAAGGAGGUGGGUGUCUGGCUGUUUCUCAUCUUGUAGCUCUGCUGAAGGAGGUGGGUGUCUGGCUGUUUCUCAUCUUGUAGCUCUGCUGAAGGAGGUGGGUGUCUGGCUGUUUCUCAUCUUGUAGCUCUGCUGAAGGAGGUGGGUGUCUGGCUGUUUCUCAUCUUGUAGCUCUGCUGAAGGAGGUGGGUGUCUGGCUGUUUCUCAUCUUGUAGCUCUGCUGAAGGAGGUGGGUGUCUGGCUGUUUCUCAUCUUGUAGCUCUGCUGAAGGAGGUGGGUGUCUGGCUGUUUCUCAUCUUGUAGCUCUGCUGAAGGAGGUGGGUGCCUGGCUGUUUCUCAUCUUGUAGCUCUGCUGAAGGAGGUGGGUGCCUGGCUGUUUCUCAUCUUGUAGCUCUGCUGAAGGAGGUGGGUGUCUGGCUGUUUCUCAUCUUGUAGCUCUGCUGAAGGAGGUGGGUGUCUGGCUGUUUCUCAUCUUGUAGCUCUGCUGAAGGAGGUGGGUGUCUGGCUGUUUCUCAUCUUGUAGCUCUGCUGAAGGAGGUGGGUGUCUGGCUGUUUCUCAUCUUGUAGCUCUGCUGAAGGAGGUGGGUGUCUGGCUGUUUCUCAUCUUGUAGCUCUGCUGAAGGAGGUGGGUGCCUGGCUGUUUCUCAUCUUGUAGCUCUGCUGAAGGAGGUGGGUGUCUGGCUGUUUCUCAUCUUGUAGCUCUGCUGAAGGAGGUGGGUGUCUGGCUGUUUCUCAUCUUGUAGCUCUGCUGAAGGAGGUGGGUGUCUGGCUGUUUCUCAUCUUGUAGCUCUGCUGAAGGAGGUGGGUGUCUGGCUGUUUCUCAUCUUGUAGCUCUGCUGAAGGAGGUGGGUGUCUGGCUGUUUCUCAUCUUGUAGCUCUGCUGAAGGAGGUGGGUGUCUGGCUGUUUCUCAUCUUGUAGCUCUGCUGAAGGAGGUGGGUGCCUGGCUGUUUCUCAUCUUGUAGCUCUGCUGAAGGAGUGCAGUGCUGGGUUUCAUUCCAACUCGGUUCCGUUGCCAAAGUCUAAAGAUGAGCAGAAAAACUACACAGAAGACGUAGCCAAUGAGGCUAUAAACCUGCUGUGGAACGUGUGUGAAAGCAGUAGCAGGGCUGUGUCUGUAUUCAGUAAGGAAGGCUUGCUGGACGUUGUCAUGUCGUGUCUCGAGAGACAUUCUGAAAACGUGGAGCUGGCAGUUUCUGCAGCCUACUGUCUGCAGACAGUGACCGAGGACAACCCUGAGCUCCUGUGCUGCUUGACGCCGUCAUCUCUGCAGGUUCUGGAGUCGGUCAUGAUGUCUUCACAGAGCACCAUGGAGCACCUGCUUCUCAGGACUCUGGCUGCAGGUUGCGUUUGGAAUCUGAAGAGCGCGCUUCCCUCCUCGAGCCAGGCAGGGACUCUGAGCACUGUGAUGAGGAUUCUCUCCCACACUCUGGAGGUGGAUGCAGGCCAGGCCAUCCUAGAGCUGAAGGAGCAGGAGUCCCGGAGACAAGAAGAGGGGGUGGAGAGGGAGGUGCAGCCCUGCAGCGACCGGCCAGGGGAGGAGACUGGAUUGGGGGAGGAGGACGGCAUGGAGGAGGGCGAUGCGGAGAGGGGCAAAUCCAACAGCAGCGCUGACAACGACAUCUCAGAUUUGCUCCCACCAAAGAACGAAGAAGUGAAGCAAGCCACGGCCUUGUUGUUGGCUCAGCAGACCAGCCUGGAGAUCAUCGUCAACAUGUGCUGUUCUGAUGACCCCUCUGAUGAUGAGUGGGAGGAGCUGUCCAGCAGUGAUGAGAGUGACAUGUGUGCGGAGAGCUCUCUGUGUGAGUCCAGCGGUGCCCAGGUGCUGUCUCCGCUGUGCCUGUCUGCGGAGAUCCACGCUGCACUCAUCCGCUUCCUCCUCCCAGAGAAGGUUCUGAAGAAGACGGAAUUCCCCAGCAGUGCUGCUCUAGACACCUGUAAGAAGUGUCCAGCCUGGAAGAGUUUAGUUAAAAAGAUGCAACGGGUCCAGUGCCGAGCUCUGUUCUGCCUCCACAACAUGCUGUCAGUCAUGGAGGGGGAGGCGCUGGUGGGCGUGGUCGCUCUCCAGGCUCUCGCGGAGCACCUGUCCCAGCUCAUCUUCUCCCAGCCAGAGAUUCCUAAGGAAGACGAGUUUCUGGAGGCUGUUACCAGUGCACUGAGGUCUCUGCUGCAGAUAAUGGCCUCUAGAAAUAUACCUCAGUGCAUGAGCCCCCAGCAGCUGAUUGGCCUGUGUGAGGCGGCAGCUCUGUGCAGUCACACCAGCGUGCGGGUCAACGCCAUCGCCAUCCUGGGGAUUACCGGCAGCACGCUGGCCAGGCAGCACCACACUGCAGACAAGCUGCAGAUGAUUGGAAGUUUCCUCCUGCAAGUUGCGACGAAGGACCCCAGUCUGGUGGGGACUGGGGAGGCGCUGGACGCCCUCUUCGAUGUGUUUGCUGACGGAGUGGAGGCUGAGCAAGCAGCCCGCCACAUCAAACUGCUUCCAGCGCUGAGAACUCUGCAGCCUGUCUUCAAAGCAAAGAUGCGGAAGGAAGGCAGGGAGAAGUACAGCCCUGAUCAGCUGUGUGUCCUGGACAAUGUGAAAGUGAAUCUGAGGAGGUUUAUCUCUUACCUGGAGACCCAGGAGAAGAAAUCCAAUCCUUAACGUUGCAGACUUGCUCAGACUCACCUGGACUGUUUCAACGAGUUUCAGUUUUUAGUUCGUGGUUUAUUUACUAUUAGUUAUCUUUUAGGCAAUGCCAUACCUGUGCAGCAAACCACUGCAUUGAAUUGUUUUACACCACACUUUCAAACAGGGAAGAAAUAUAUCAGAAUUUGGGUGGAUUGCAAUAUUACGUCGAUUUCUAAAACUUAUCCUUUUAGGAAUAAACCAAUUAUUUUCAAA